AUGACUCUGAUGCACAGGUCUUACCCACCCCAGACCCAUCAUGACUCUGUGAUGCACAGGUCUUACCCACCCCAGACCCAUCAUGACUCUGUGAUGCACAGGUCUUACCCACCCCAGACCCAUCAUGACUCUGUGAUGCACAGGUCUUACCCACCCCAGACCCAUCAUGACUCUGUGAUGCACAGGUCAUACACACCCCAGACCCAUCAUGACUCUGUGAUGCACAGGUCCUACCUACCCCAGACCCAUCAUGACUCUGUGAUGCACAGGUCUUACCCACCCCAGACCCAUCAUGACUCUGUGAUGCACAGGUCCUACCUACCCCAGACCCAUCAUGACUCUGUGAUGCACAGGUAUUACCCACCCCAGACCCAUUAUGACUCUGUGAUGCUCAUGUCUUACCCACCCCAGACCCAUUAUGACUCUGUGAUGCUCAUGUCUUACCCACCCCAGACCCAUUAUGACUCUGUGAUGCACAGGUCUUACCCACCCCAGACCCAUUAUGACUCUGUGAUGCUCAUGUCUUACCCACCCCAGACCCAUCAUGACUCUGUGAUGCACAGGCCUUACCCACCCCAGACCCAUCAUGACUCUGUGAUGCACAGGUCUUACCCACCCCAGACCCAUCAUGACUCUGUGAUGCACAGGUCUUACCCACCCCAGACCCAUCAUGACUCUGUGAUGCACAGGCCUUACCCACCCCAGACCCAUCAUGACUCUGUGAUGCACAGGUCUUACCCACCCCAGACCCAUCAUGACUCUGUGAUGCACAGGUCUUACCCACCCCAGACCCAUCAUGACUCUGCGAUGCACAGGUCUUACACACCCCAGACCCAUCAUGACUUUGUGAUGCACAGGUCCUACCUACCCCAGACCCAUCAUGACUCUGUGAUGCACAGGUCUUACACACCCCAGACCCAUCAUGACUCUGUGAUGCACAGGUCUUUCACACCCCAGACCCAUCAUGACUCUGUGAUGCACAGGUCCUACCUACCCCAGACCCAUCAUGACUCUGUGAUGCACAGGUCCUACCUACCCCAGACCCAUCAUAACUCUGUGAUGCACAGGUCCUACCUACCCCAGACCCAUCAUAACUCUGUGAUGCACAGGUCUUACCCACCCCAGACCCAUCAUGACUCUGUGAUGCACAGGUCUUACACACCCCAGACCCAUCAUGACUCUGUGAUGCACAGGUCCUACCUACCCCAGACCCAUCAUGACUCUGUGAUGCACAGGUCCUACCUACCCCAGACCCAUCAUAACUCUGUGAUGCACAGGUCUUACCCACCCCAGACCCAUUAUGACUCUGUGAUGCACAGGUCUUACCCACCCCAGACCCAUCAUGACACUGUGAUGCACAGGUCCUACCUACCCCAGACCCAUCAUGACUCUGUGGUGCACAGGUCUUACCCACCCCAGACCCAUCAUAACUCUGUGAUGCACAGGUCUUACCCACCCCAGACCCAUUAUGACUCUGUGAUGCACAGGUCUUACCCACCCCAGACCCAUCAUGACACUGUGAUGCACAGGUCCUACCUACCCCAGACCCAUCAUGACUCUGCAAUGCACAGGUCUUACACACCCCAUACCCAUCAUGACUCAGUGAUGCACAUGUCUUACCCACCCCAGACCCAUCAUGACACUGUGAUGCACAGGUCUUACCCACCCCAGACCCAUCAUGACACUGUGAUGCACAGGUCCUACUUACCCCAGACCCAUCAUGACUCUGCAAUGCACAGGUCUUACACACCCCAUACCCAUCAUGACUCAGUGAUGCACAUGUCUUACCCACCCCAGACCCAUCAUGACACUGUGAUGCUCAUGUCUUACCCACUCCAGACCCAUCAUGACUCUGUGAUGCACAUGUCUUACCCACCCCAGACCCAUCAUGACUCUGUGAUGCACAUGUCUUACCCACCCAAGACCCAUCGAUUCGAACCUGUGAUUGCAAGUCAGCACAAGUUCGGAUCUACGGGUUAG